AUGCCCGUGACGAGGGAAGGCCACGAUGUCGAUAACCACAGUGAUGACAAUGACUAUCAGAAUCAGAAGCAAAUGAUCGAAGCAAAGUUGAAAGAACUAAUUUCAAUGAUGCGGGCUGUAUUUUGUGACACCCAUGGUAGACGCGAAAACGACGAUGAAGACGGAAAAAAUAGUGAACAAGACGAGCAAGACGAGGACUUGGAUCCUUGGCCGGCGAACAGCAAACGCUCAAGAAUGAGGGGUGCUUCGCGCUCUCCCAACAAGCUCCGCGGGUCCGACUCCGACUAG